GGUUAUCUGCUGCACCGACCAUCAGACUAGCGAAGAGCCUGAACCCCGAACCGAGGCGAAGACUCCAGUACACCUCUGGCUGUGAUCGUGGAGGGUUCUCUCGUGUCAGGCUGUCGGCCGAGAUCGUCUUUUCGUGGUGUCUGCCAGGUUUUCUGGUCGCCUGGAAUUACUGGUUGAUUGAAUAAAAAUAUUAAGGCAGGAUAACUAAUAAAGAGAAUCAGGAGAAGAACAAGAAGAAGAACUACUAUCUGACGAGUGGCAAGUAUCCAACCGGCCCCGCCCACUAAGACAACUCUGGCCAUGUGUGCAUACCACGCCCAUCAACUGCCCAAAAUUUGCUUCAUCAUCUAGCAAGGGAGGAAUAAUUCUCCCCACCACCCAAUCCCCCAAAUCAUCUCUUGCUCUUAUUCCUCGCCUGUCCAGCGUGAGCCCUUGAUGAUACGUGUGCAGGAUCCAUCGUUUUGUGCUCAUAAAUCGUCGUCUCACUACAGAAAUUCAGGACUUGUCUGAACGCAGUCUCAGUCGGUGAGCAAAUAAAAUAUGAAAAUAUAAACGAUCUGGAACCAAGUCUUUUAUCACAUUCAUGUAUCCUGCGCUUUAAAUUAACGUCUCCUGCUCAGUAAGAGUUUCUUUUUAUUUUUAAAAAGGACUGAAGGUGCUAAGGAUCGAUUUCCGAAGUCCUCACACUUCUCCAACGAACCCCUAAUUAAAAAAAAAAAAAAAAAACUCAGGCCCUGGCUACUAAAGUCUCUUGAAUUCCGAUCGAACCGACAAAUCCAUGUAAAACGAGACUGCAGAAGCUCGAACGGCUCUAUCGUUUCAUCUCCUGUUAGAGAAGCACUUCAGCAAGACGCCAGUCAUGACCUCGUCUCUUAUGGUGCACAGAAGGAAGAAGAAACCUCAGGCAUCUGCCGUCGUCUUGCGUAAGUACCGCCGUCUGCGACGCCGUCGGGGAGGCCUCCGGUGCGAGUACAAGAAGCUGAAGGCUCUCCUCCCGGAGACAACAAAGGCGGCCCAGCUGAAGAAGGUCGGGGUUGUAGAGGCAGCCUACCGUUACAUCUGUCAACUGCAGGAUGCGCUCCUUGACAAGUUCUCCUCCAAGGGCGUUCCUGAGGAUCUGGCAGGGGUCGUCUGCGGCAAAGUGACGUCAUCAUCAGACAUCCAAGCGCUGGCCCUCCACCUCAUCAAAACCUCCGGAUCCGAGUUCCCUCCGCUCCCAUCGUCGUGGUCUCCUCCGGGAGGGAUUCAGCGUUCCUGCAAGGCGAGAGGUUCCGAGUCCAAGGCUUCGUCUUGUUCCUCCUCCUCUUCUUCCUCCUCCUCCUCCUCCUCCGCUUCCUCGUCUCCUCCCUCCCCUUCCUCGUCUUCUUCUUCUUCUUCUUCUUCCCAGUCGAGUUCACCUGCUUCGUCUGUUCCCUCCGACGAUCACAAAUCCACAGCAUCUUCAGGAGUUCCGCGAGAGGACGAAACCUGAACGCCAGAAGAGACUCAUGGUCACUUUCCUCUUUCACAUUCAGCAAGCACCUUCGUCACUUUCACUGGAGGACGAAUUCUAAGUGUCAGAAGAGACGCGUAUUCCCUGCUCACAUUCAAGAUUAGUUUCAGUCACUUUUAUGGGAGGAUAAACGCCUUCGUCCCUUUCGAGAGAGAGAAUGAAAGUUUUGGUCACUUUCUCGAGAGAAUGAAAGUUCUGGUGACUUUCUCGAAAGAAUGAAAGUCUCGGUUACUUUAGAAAAUAAAUCUUUGUCACUUUUUCGAGAGGAUGAAAGUCUUGGUCGUUUUCGCGAGAGAAUGGGUCUCAGGUCUCAUUUUCGCGUGAGGAUAAAAGUUCAUUUUCGCCAAAAAAAAAAAAGUAUUUAUCACUUUCACGAGAGAAUAGGUCUGUUACCUCCGCGAAAGAAUGAGAGUGUUCGUCACUUUCGCGAGAGAAUAAAAGUCUUAGUCACUUUCGCGGAAGAAUAAAAGUGUCUUUUUCGCAAAAAAAAAAAAAGAAAAAAAUUAGUCUUUGUCACUUUCGCGGGAGAAUAAAAGUCUUCGUCACUUUCGCGAAAUAUUAAAGUGUAAUUUACGCAAAAAAAGCCUUCGACACUUUCGCGAGAAAAUAAGUCAUUGUCACUUCCGCGAGAGAAUAAAAGUCUUUGUCACUUGCAACGGACAAUGAAAGUGUCCUUUUCGAGAAUAAAUCAUUCUUCGUCACUUUCGCGAAAAAAAUGACACCCAGAUGAGGGAAGAGGCUCAUUUUCAGCGAUCACAUUCAAGAAGUGUCUCUACGCAGUGCCUGUCUACUUGAGUGUGACGCCAUUGCAUAUUCGCACCAAUCACCGUCAAACUUAAAGACGAACAAAUAUGUUCCGCGAAGCGAGCUUUGGAAUUUCGAGCCUUGUUAGACUUAUUGUAGUGAUAUUAUGGUGAUAUUUUUCGGCAUCAAAACCAGGCUCUAAAUCUUGUAGUGAAAUUUUGCGGGACCAUAUAAGACUGGUGUGCCUUUUUUUUCUUAGCAAACUUGUAUCAAAGUCUUUAGAUUUAAUCAAGUGUUUUGCACGAUCAUAAAAAAACUGGUGCCUCUAACUGGUGAGCCUUCAGACUUUUUUUUUUUAGCCAACUUUUCGAGUGUCAGAAGUCUAUAGACUUAUUUUAGUGGAGUUUCAGAUACUCAGAAAGACUAUAGUGACUUCAGGUUCACUUUGGUGAUUCUUAGGAAACUAAAAGGGAGUGAGGUUCUUGGUUCUGCCAAUGAAAUCAAAAGGAUUGGUAUUAACGCCUACUUCUAAACAAGUGUGAUAUAUAACUAAAUAUUGCAAGUACAUUGUUAAAAUAUGCACUUUCAUAACAUUAACUAUUAUGUAUAUUUUAGAAUGAAUAUUCUAUUUAGUUUGUUGAUUACUUUUAAGUAUUUAUAAACGACUUAAUCAAAUUUCUGUUAUGGAGAGAUAACAGUGUGGGUUUUCUUUGUUAGAUAUAACUCUACAUUGUUAGAGUUGUAACUGCUUCCAUAAAUCUAUCUCUUCUGAAAAAUGAUCAUCAAAUUUGCCAGUCUUUUGUGCUUUCUUGGAUUUUCAUGAUAUAUUUGUGAACUUCUUUCUGAUAUUAACCAGAAUACUUAAAGCUGUUCAUGAGAUAAUUGUUUCCAGAUCAUUUUAGUUACUAAAUCUUUUAAUUAAUUUUGUUCUUUGCAGCAUUUUUGGAAAUGUCAAGUAUACUUUUAUGAAUUUUUCCUCACUAUGUAUACUAGCUUACACCUGGCAACACUAUUGAUUUUACUUCUGGACUAUAAAUGUUUAUAUGUAUAUUUUCCACUGUAUAUUUAAAUCACAGCCUCCGGAUAUUUAUCUUCGAUACUUUGUUGAUAUGAAACCCUGAAGAAAAAUCCCCAAAAUUAAUGAAGCCUUAAGUCUCCUUGAAGAUAUGCGCUCUUAUUUGCAAAAUAUUUCUUUUCGACUUUUGACCACUACAUUUUUCGGAACACAUAUAAUAACGCCAUCUUGUACUAAUUCUCCUUUUAUAACUACCGUAAGAAUUUGCGAAUAUUAAUUAAAUAUAUACAUCUUCUCAUAUGGCAGUUAAUACCACGUAGAGAAAUAAUUAGGUGUGUGUGAAACAGAGGUUGAAAAACAAAUCUUUUCAGAAUAAGUUAAACUAGAUAAUGCAUGCCACCUAUGCCCUGCUAUUAUAAAUUUAUAGUAAUAAAGGAAAGCUUCCUAUAAGAAAUGUAUUGAGUGACCCUCAACAAUUCAUGGAAUUUUUCUAAAAUAUUUCUUGGAAAUUCCAAGAACAGUUUUUAUUCUCUCAUCCAUCCAUUUACUUAUUAGCAAGUGUGAAAAUUUGGAUUAUAGUCUUUGAUAAAUAAAUCUAAUUGAAAGGCCUCAGACAAUCGAACUGUUAAUGAAAUGCUUAUUAUCCCCUAAAAGCUUAUUUUAUUCGGAUGCUUCGAAGGCGAUACAACCUAUCUUAGGGUAUUUAUGUUCUGUGAUAAUAGAAGUAAUUUAUUUGUAGAUUAGUUCCAUAUUAUUUGUUGAUUUUUAAAUAAAAAUAUUAACGCUCUACAUAAAAUACCUUAGUUUUUAAAAUGUAAUGCUAACAUUUAUGUUAAAUAAUGAUGUUAUGCAUGGCUGUUCAAAAAAUAAAAUAUUAUUU